CUUCUCACGCGCACAUUUUCACUCACUCUCCGCAGGAGGAGGAGGAACUUAGUGCGCUCGUGCUCCUGCCGAAAAAGAAAUAAAGCUUUUUUUCACAUGUUUUUAAAUUAUUAUUAUGUCUGAGGAUUAAAGAGCUUCACAGCGACAUUUACCCGCUUCUCUGUUUCCUUUCAUCGGCAGCAACAUGAAGAAACGCGGAAUUCUGCGUUUAAAGUGAGGAAUCGCUUUGACGUCUCUCUCUCUCUCUUCACCACUUCAUCACGUUUGGAAGCUAAACAGCGAUGGCCAAGUGGCUCAAGGACUACCUGAGCUUUGGCAGGAAGGUUCCCCCGCAGCCCCCCACGCCAGACUACACAGAGAGCGAGAUCCUCAAAGCGUACCGGCUCCAGAGGGACCUCGAUUUCGAGGACCCCUACGAGGAUGUGGAAACUAGACCCAGAGGGGAGUCGGGGACCUUCGACCCCGCCACGCCGCUUUACGGCUCUCCCRUGAAGUCGACCAACGUGGACGCGAAGUCCCCUAAACACAGGCUGAUCAAAGUGGACUCCCAGGAGCUGGGACGCACAAAGAUCCUCCUCAGUGCCAUCUCGUUGGACGAUCAGAAAGAGCCCGUGGUGCCGUCAGCUCCGCUGGCAGGCGACACGGAUUACUCGGACCCAUUUGACGCUCGACUAGAACACCGAGCAGAUCCAGACCUUGGGCCUGUUCCCUGUGAGAAUAACGGCUACAUGGAGCCAUACGAAGCCCAAAGGGUCAUAACAGAGCUGCAGCGUGCUCCAGGAGGAGGUCGGUUGCGCGGAGGGGUGCAGCUCUACGACACUCCUUACGAGGACGAGCGAGGACAGCGCCUGGGCCUGGGCUACGGGUAUGGAGAACUCCACGAGGAAGGCAAGGAGAGCAGCAGGUUGCCACAAGAUGAUGAGAGACCAGCCGACGAGUACGACCAACCCUGGGAAUGGAAGAAGGACCACAUCUCCAAGGCAUUUGCAGAAAUGAGGGAGUUGUCGAAGUUGCCCUGGCCUGCCCCGGUGGGUCAGCUGGAGGAGCAGCCCCCCGUCAGAGAGCAAGUGCAGUUUGACGGYGCAGAUUGGGAUCGCUCGUCAUCACCCACGGAGCGGUUGCGUCCUCCUGGGCCCAGGUCCAGCCCACUAGCAGGAGGGGGAUUAAAGUUUCGARUGCCGUUGGAAAGCCCCACGAUGAUGGGGGAGAGAGUGGACCCUACUCUGCCACUGGAGAAACAGGUCAGCUGGUACCAUGGUUCACUGUCCCGUUCGGAGGCGGAGUCGCUGCUAACGCUGUGUAAAGAGUGCAGCUACCUGGUGAGGAACAGUCAGACCAACCGCCCUGACUACACCCUGUCCCUACGGAGCUGUCAGGGUUUUAUGCACAUGAAGUUCUCCCAGUGUAAAGACGGGAAGUACGUGCUGGGACAGAACAGCCCUCUGUUUGACACCAUUCCAGAGGCCAUCCACUUCUACACCACGCACAAGCUCCCRGUCCGAGGCGCCGAGCACCUGUCUCUGCUGUUCCCUGUGCAGGUCCAGACACUUUGACCGACCCGGACUCUGCUCCGGCUGAACCUCGAGGAUAUUUAUUGCGAUCAGACGCAGAGAACUUGAAUGUUAGACGGGAGAACCUCAGCAGUGCGUCGUUGAAUAAAAGCACACAGGAAGCUCUUGCCCUCCGACAUCAUCUGUUGAAUUCAUACCCCGAAAAGAAAAAUAAAUCAUGGGGUGUCAGUUCACAUGAAAUGCAAUACCUGACUGUCAGGCACCUUUGCUGUAACUCCUCCCUCUCAUUUUUGUGUUUAACCRAGCAGGCUGACUUCAGCACAGCUCCUGUGUUUCUGUCACAGUUGAUGGAAACGCACCAGAAGCUCCUGGAGAAAAGUCUGGGUUUUGUGUGAAUGUAUCGAGAGUCCAGGUCACUGAAGAUGAGAGGAGGGCUGAUUUUAACUUAUUGCUGUACCAGUACUCGUAAGAAAAUCUUGCUGUUGUUGGGUGAAAACCUUGAAAUCCAUGAUGUGCAGAUGCUUUUUGUGCUUUUAACUGAAUCAGUAAAUCGCAGUAAAUAAGAUGAAAAGCCCUGCUGUUGGGAAACCAUUUUCUGUGCUGCAAAGAAACUAUUUUGAAAGAAGUCCAGUUGGUUUGUUUUUUAUUACCACCUUCAUAAGAAUCUACACCAGCAUAUUUCAAAAGGUUUUUUUUUUACCUCCUUGUGUUUUUCUAUUAAAAUCACAUCUUUUCAUUUMAUUUGGUCCUUUCUGUAUUUUUGCUGAAGGUUGUUUACACACUGUGACUGGUGAAGCUCUUUGUGUGGUGUGGGCGGAGUUUGGGGAAAUCAUGACUGGUCGUGCUGACUUGCGGGGGAAGUUAAAAAUAUGAUUGAUUAUACUGUAUAUGCUUACAGGAAGUAUUGACCGUUGCAACACUGUUGGUGUAUAUUACUAAAAUUAUUGUGAACACAUAAAUAUAAAUUAAUGCCUUCAAAUUUGGUGCAGCUAACACCUUCCUGACUGGAUUUAUGAGUAAUAUUCAAAAUUACCGAUUUUUUUAUCUCUUCUUUCUGGCCAUUUCAAUUGAGUGGAAGCUGCUUGGCAUUCAUCCACCUGAACUGUUAGUCUUCCUCAAACCCCACCCAAAAUAGUCAAUCUGACCAAUCACAAUUUCCCCAAACUACACCCACACCCAAGAAACUUCGACUUGAUGACUGCGGUGAGUGACCCUUCUUUCUGUUAGCUGAUUGUUUGGUGAUUGAGGGGACUGUGUUGUAUCAGUACUCUUGAUUUAUCCCUUGUUGUCUUCAGGUUCAGACAGGUUUUAAAGCAGAGCUACAUACAUACCAAGCAAAAAAAAAAUUGAAUGUUGGCUUUGUUUUUAGUCAUUUUCUCACUUCCUACAGAUUUUUGGCGUGUCGACUCAUCACAGGCUGCAUAGCGAGUUAAAACCAACGCUCGCCGUCUGGGAUGGAUUUAAAUGUCAGCUGCGUGGCUGCAUUGUUUCUAGAUUCCAACAAAUUUUAGGGGAAAAAACACGUUUGGAGCACCACAAAAAUAAAUUAUAAAUAAAAUAAAAUUUGUCAAAGUCAUUGUUUCUUGAUCCAGAAGUCUAAACCAAUAAAACAGUGGCGUUGCACAGA